UGAAAUACACAACUUGUGGGUUAAAUUUCUUCACACUCUUCCAUUGCAAUUAUAUACGUCAAAUGGCAUCGAAUAAUGGCGAUGACGUUGUUGAAAAUUUACUUCAAUGUGCGGUGUGUAUGGAGUCAUACGAAGAAUCCGGAACCCAGACACCCAAAAUGCUGCCAUGUCAGCAUUCAUUUUGCGUUCAAUGUUUGAAAAAUAUUUCCAGAGCGGGAAGAAAACAGUGUCCAAGUUGUCGUGAACAAUUCUCUAUACCUGUUGAUGAACUUUCCAGAAGUCUCGUUCUUAUUCAGCUACUGGACACUAGAGGGUCAUCACCAGGAAGACAUAAUGUAACUGAUGCAAGUCUGCUCAAGGAAAAAUUUCGUGACUUCGACAAAGCAAAGGAGUAUUUGUCGAAACUUACAGAAAAAAUAUUGAGGAUAAAAAUGUUCAACUUAGAAGAAAUUGAGGCGGCGCUCAAUUGCAUUCAAUACUACAGAAUACCAAGCGACGACAGAAGCCGCUCAAUUCAAAUUACAGCCACGAAGUUUGUGAUGUAUUCAAUUUCAUUUGGCGGUGGAGCAGUGACAGUACAUUUGCUUUCCGAAGUUGCUACUGAACUGAUAAAAACUAUGGAAGCCUUCAAAGACGAUAAACUAUCUUCCGAGGUAUUGCUCUUAUGCCUGACAAUUUUGGCUUUACCCGCUAUGAUGAGUAAAUCGGGCUUCAAUAACCUGGAUUUGGCUCAUCUGCUGAUGACAAUUCUAACUACAAAUCAAAAUUCGGAAUUAGAACAGAAGAUUGUGGAAUUUCUACCUGACAUAUCCCGAAAACUGUCUCGAUCAGAUAACGCCAAUAUCGGUAACAGAAAAUAUGUAAAGAAUCUGUUAUCAAUUUUGAGGAAAAAAAUGAGCAUGAAGUUACGAGAUGCAACGUUUUAUAAUCUGCUUUCAUUGUUAAUGUGCUUAACAGACGAAACUCCCUCAACAUGCACAAAUAUUGUUAAUGCAGGAGGGCUAGCAAUUUUUGCCGAAUUGCUUGAGGAUAAAGACAUCAACCUUAUCAAAGAAGUUCUCAUUAAUUUGAGCAAUUUGACGGAGGUACCUGAAAUAUGCUACCACUUCUUAGACGGCAACUCCGGUGCAGUCGAUUGUCUACUAAAACUUUUGAUUUCAGAUGAAUUGCAUAUUAGCUACUGUGCCGCUGCAGUCAUCUCGCGUUUGCUAACAAUCGACUUCAAAGAAUGGGAAAAACUCACGAAGUCGCCUAACCUAAGAAAUAGGGCACUGAUAAAUAUGUAUAAUUGCGUGAUGAAAUGGGGUCAAGAAGCAUCCUUAAUAUGUUUCCAUAUCAAGUUCAUAUCAUUCAAGCCAUUCUAUUCACUCCUUCAAAAAUACGACGCGCCACCACUUCAACUAUUUGCUGUUUGGACCAUAUGGAAGUUUUGUUCGUAUUCAUCUGAAAUAUACCAAGAAAUGCUGAUCAAAGAGCAAGGUAUCGACUAUCUUCUUGAACUGAAACAAAAUCUCUACGUGGAUAAAAAUGUCAAAAAGUUUGCGGAACUCACCCUGAAGUUGAUUCACUAAUUUGAAAAAAUAAUUCAAUAAGUAAACAUAAAAAAUAAGUACUUUGUGACUUGUAAACGCCCGUUGAAUAAUUCUAUAUUAAUCAGCAAUGGUUUUCAAUUUUUUUGACAGAAAUGCCAAUAAAAUAUUUCAAGCGCGCGAUGAACCCAUGUAUAAUAAUUUAAUUGUCUUUUAUUGUCUGAAUUGUAUAAAAUAUAAAUAUAUAUGAACCUAAUACUAGCAAAAAUUGAUCUGUAAAGUGUAGCAAGUUUAAUAAAAGUGGCAAACAUAAUAGGUAUCUGGUUAAAGGUGUACAAUAUACAUAUAUUAUAAUACACUAUUGAUUUUAAAUGUAAACUUGCGCACACCGGGUGAUACUGGCGAAGCACUGGUUGAAAACCACUGAUGUACAGUGAUGAAAGUUGAAAAUAUUUGUUUAAAACAUAACUUUCUCUGAAUUCUCUUCUAUGCAUAACCGAUUAUACAAUUAUGUACAAUAACGCAAUUAAAAGUUCAUGUAGAUUCAAAACUUAAUUCGUGUACUCGAAUUUAUCUGAGAAAAUUUUAUUUUGAAUUCAUGUAGAAUUUCUCUUACGUGGCCUAUGAUUGACGAUACUAAGCGAUGGCGAAAGUACCUUAUUUUAUUGUAAUUUAUUUUAACUGUAAGUUAGUUGUUUC